CAGCGGAGACGGCAGCAAGAUGGCGAUUCCAGGCAGGCAGUAUGGGCUUAUUUUGCCAAAGAAAACACAGCUGUUGCACCCUGUUUUGCAAAAACCAUCAGUAUUUGGGAAUGAUUCUGAUGAUGAUGACGAGACUUCCGUGAGUGAAAGCCUUCAGCGGGAAGCAGCUAAGAAACAGGCCAUGAAAAAGACAAAACUGGAAAUCCAGAAGGCCCUUGCAGAAGAUUCCACUGUAUAUGAAUAUGACAGUAUAUAUGAUGAAAUGCAGAAAAAAAAGGAGGAAAAUAAUCCCAAAUUGCUUUUGGGAAAAGAUCGAAAGCCCAAGUAUAUUCACAAUUUACUUAAAGCAGUUGAGAUCAGAAAAAAGGAACAGGAAAAAAGAAUGGAAAAGAAAAUACAGAGAGAACGAGAAACAGAAAAGGGAAAAUUUGAUGAUAAAGAGGCAUUUGUGACAUCUGCUUAUAAGAAAAAACUGCAGGAGAGAGCUGAAGAGGAAGAAAGAGAAAAGAGGGCUGCUGCACUAGAAGCACGUUUGGAUGUAACCAAACAGAAAGAUCUCAGUGGAUUUUAUAGGCACCUGUUAAAUCAGACAGUUGGUGAAGAGGAAGUACCUAAAUGCAGCUUUCGUGAAGCCAGGACUGGGAUAAAGGAGGAGAAACCAAGGGGUUAUUCUGACGAAGUAAGUUCAGAAAAUAGAAUACCACGUGAGAAAUGCAGUCUCCAGACCAGUAUGAAAGUAGAGGAAAAUCCAGAUGCAGACAGUGACUUUGAUGUUAAGAGCAGCGAUGAUGAUGAAAUGGAAGAAAAUAAAGUGCACUGCAGAAGGGAAAAAGUCACAGAGACCUUUGACAAUGACUCCAAGCAUCACAGGAAUCAGACUCACUCACGAUCAUCUAGUGAAGAAAGAGGGCAUGGUACCAUAUGCCACAUAAAAUCCUGCAAGUCAAGAGGACAUGAGAAAAGGGAAGAGGAGCACCGAAAGAGGUGGUCCAGAGACCAGGAGGAGGACUAUUGCCCUGACCAUGACCUUCGAAAAGAAAAGAAGGAUUCUUACAGGCACAGAGAGGUCAGUCAUAGAGAUUCCCAGUGGAAGAAACAUGAACAAGAAGAUAAACUGAGGGGAAGAGAUCAAAGAGAAAAAAAUGACAGAGAAUGGAAAAAGGAGAAAUAUUCCCCAAGAGAGCAAGAAAGAGAAAGGCAACGAAAUGAUCAUGACCGACACAGUGAGAAAGGAGGAGAGAAAGUGGAGAAAAGCAAAGAAAAGGAAGAACAUGUGAAAGGGAGGAAGGAAAGAUAUGAAAAUAAUAAUAAAUACAGAGAUCAGGAAAAACGAGAACUGAGUGUUCAGUCUUCAGAAAGCAGUCAAGACAGAAGGGAAAGCAGCCCAAAUUCUAGGGCAAAGGAUAAGUUUCUUGACCAGGAAAGAUCCAACAAGAUGAGAAACAUAGAAAAGGACAAUGAAAGAAAUCAAGAGAAUCCCUCUAGUUCUGAAGCAUCACUAGGAACAAAACACAGACUCACACAGGAAAGGCAAGAGAAGGGCAAAAAACAAGAGGGACCCCCCGAGGCAGUGAGCAAGUUUGCAAAGCGAAGCAAUGAAGAAACUGUAAUGUCAGCUAGAGACAGGUACUUGGCCAGACAAAUGGCACGGGUUAAUGCAAAGACCUAUAUUGAGAAAGAAGAUGAUUGAUAGCUGCCCCAAUAGAAAGAUGUAUGAAAACACGAAAAAUUGGAACUCCUGGAACUUGCUGUGUGAAAGCAUAAAGGAAUAUGUGUGAUUGGGAAGAUAUUUUAAAAUAUAUUUUCAAAGUUCAUUUUGGGUUUAGAUCUUAAAAGUCAAUCCUUUUCUCUUGAAUGCUUGGCUAAAUUUAUUAUAAUACUCACCUACCAGUGCUACAUUCUUGGCUAUUUUCAGUAAAGCAUAAGAGUGUGCUAGAUCCUUAUAGGUACUUAAUGAGGAAGAUUGGUUCUAGUAUAACCAUUAGAAAGUAAUUUUUAAAAUUCUUCUAAUGUUGGCUUAGUCGCCAGUAGUUGUUUUAUAGAAAUUGUAUUCCGGAUAAAAAUAUGUGGAUUUGAACAAUAAAGUAGAAAAUACUGUUCAGUGUUUUAAAGUUUGUACAAAGUGUAAAACGUGAAUCAUACAUCUUGUGUAAAUAACCUUAGCGCAUGGCAUCCUUGGCUUAAAUGAAAAUAAAAAUAGUGAUAUAUAAAAAAAAAAAAAAA